CCUCCUUGUUUAAUGCUAUCAAGCCUACUGUUUGCCAGGGUGAAGCCUCUGCUUCAUACAAGGUGGAUCAAGUGGGACGAAAGCGUCACAAGUAACUGUUUAACUUCUUAUCAUGCCGAAGAAGAGCCAGUACUGAGAUCGAGUUCAGUGGCACCAUGGGCUUGUCUCUCCUCCUCAUCUUCUUACCUUUCCUGAGGUUUUCUCUGGGCAUUGGACUCUUCUUCAAGGGAGGACAGAGCUGCUACAAACCGCUGACUGAUGAUCCUCCUACUCUCCGGACCUAUCCUCGUCCCCAUGAAUAUUUGGACAUCACUGAGCUGCCCAAGACCUGGGACUGGAGGAAUGUAGAUGGCAUCAAUUACGUGAGCACUACCCGGAACCAGCACAUCCCUCAGUAUUGUGGGUCCUGUUGGGCUCAUGGCAGCACCAGCGCUUUGGCAGAUCGCAUCAACAUCAAGAGGAAAGGUGCCUGGCCCUCGGCUUACCUCUCUGUUCAGCAUGUCAUUGACUGUGCUGGGGUCGGGUCUUGCCAUGGAGGGGACCACAGUCACGUCUGGAGGUACGCACAUGACCAUGGCAUCCCGGACGAGACCUGCAACAAUUACCAAGCUAAAGACCAAGAAUGUGACAAGUUUAAUCAAUGUGGGACUUGUGUUACUUUUGGGCAAUGUCAUGUGGUAAAGAACUACACCCUCUGGAAAGUUGGAGAUUAUGGCCACGUCAAGGGGAGAGAGAAAAUAAUGGCAGAAAUCUAUGAAAAUGGCCCCAUCAGUUGUUCAAUCAUGGCCACUCCAAAACUGCAUGAAUACACUGGAGGACUAUAUGAAGAAUACAACCCCUCACCUUCUACAAACCAUGUGGUUUCCAUCGCUGGCUGGGGAAUAGAAAAUGGGAUAGAAUACUGGAUUGUCCGCAACUCUUGGGGUGAACCCUGGGGUGAACAAGGCUGGCUUAGAAUUGUGACCAGUGCAUAUAAAGGGGGCAAAGGAGCAGAGUACAACCUCGCUGUUGAAGAAAAGUGUUCUUACGGAGACCCAAUCCUUUCCUGAGUUUGCACUGAUCUCUGUUUGCAAUUGUGGUUUAGGAAUGCAAGGACAGUUCCAGCCAGUUAUCUCUCCUCUUCAAACAGAUGGGCCGAUUUACUGCAAUAUCAUGGACUCAGGGAAUGGUAACCUAACUGAGCCCAUUCUCCCAGGUUCAUUCUCUGAGGCUUUAAAGCCCCCUUUCCCCAGUAAUAUUACUCUCAUAAACUUGUCUGGUCAGAAUUUGAAACAGGGACUCUGCUACUACGUCUUUUUGGACCACAAUUCCUACAUGAAAUAAAUUAGCUCCUUCUGUCAGCGGCUGAAGAGUUCUUUUUAGUGUGCUCUUCAAUUUUUAUUCCUUGGGGGUUUUUUUAGUGGCUCCAUUUGAAAUUGCUUGCAAUCAUAUGUUUGCAUUUGUACAUUUUUACUGAUACAUCCUUUUUAUCUGUAUCUAUUUUAUAAGGCACCUUGCAUCCAAGCGCUUGAAGGGGGCGGGGGGAGGG